AUGCAGAGCAAUUUUGCUGCUAGUUUUAAUAUUUGUCUUAUAAUAGUAUUGUUGUACGUGACAGCAGUCACAGCAAACUCAGUCAAACCGUUUACAUCAUCGGCCCUCUCAGCAACGAUUGAAAAAAGAUGGGUUCCGUUUCUACCCGUCUCCGGUCCGACUGAACAACGUUCACAUAGCGUCAGGAAUUGCGGAGGAUCGAUACGAUUUGAUGACUUCCACCUCAUUAGUACCCCGGGAAAAUUAUCUGCUUAUCUCUAUACAGCAGAUCCACUAAACCACUUGGGUAAUGCUACAGUGCGCAUAAGUUCGUCAACAAAUCCCAACAUUAUUUUAUUGCUUCCUAUCGACGACUCUCGUGCGAAACUUGUUGACGUGCCAUGCGGUAAUGGUAAUACCGGUAGUAGCAGUGGUAAAGAAUGGUCGUGUCAAGUUACAUUUGGAUCUCCCACAGUAUUUAGCUUUUCUUAUGAAGCAGCUGCCGACAACAAAAACCAACUUGGCACACUUUAUCAGAAUACCCAUAACGACUUCUUUGCGAAGUUUUACCUAUUUGAUCAGUUUAAUAACGAUAUUACGGGUUGUGCCGUAGUUCCCGUUGGAAAUGCCGAUUGGCCCGCCUCUGUGUCAGGCAAUGUCACAAAUGUGGCUACAAUUCCUUUUAUAGUCGGUGCAAUUAUUGCAGUGGCUGUCAGUGUGGCGCAACAGAUCGCCACAAUGCAGGCAGAGUUAACCAAAGGGCUUACCAAAAAAGUUGCCAAAAAGAAAAAGGAAAAGGAAACGUCUGACCUGUCUAGACAACCGACCAAAGAAGUCCCAUUAUCGGCACAAAUUCCUUCCGUAUAUGACGUUUUUCGUGCUGCUCAGUUUGUCGUAACCAAUGCUCUACUUUCAUUGUUUUGCCUCCCACCCUUGUUCCGGGACAUAUCGGUCAAACUUGCAUGGUUUAGCGCUGUCCCUUCAAGUAAAUUUAACGGCACCUUGUCCCAAAUUGCAGAUGACAAUAUUCGAGGAGGAAUAUGCACCAUGCAAGUCAAUAACUGUCUUGAUAACGUGCAGAGCUUAACCGUGACAAAAUUUUGCAAGCCAGAGUUGAAACCGCCCUCUUCUGGUUUCUCGUCUUUCGGAGAGAUGUUAAACAUUCCCAGCUAUAAUAUGUUCUUUAUGGUGCUAGUCGUAUUCUGUAUAGUGUUGGCGUGUGUGGUGUUUGCUGCGCUCCUCUUUGGGUUAGUGGCACGCGCAUUAAAGAGUAAAUGGGAUACAUGGCCCUUUUUGGAAAAAGCUUGGAAUAACAUUCCUCUUUUGGUCAUCGGUGGAGCGUUACGAGUGGUGCUCCUGUUUCACAGCCCUCUCACACUUUUUGCCGUCUAUCAACUAACGCUUCAUUUCGACUGCUGGUUCUUGCUUUUCCUUGCCAUAUUGUGCAUUGUGUUGUUUACUUUUGGUACCUUAGGCUUUUGCACAUUCAGAAUCAUGUGGGAUAUGUACUAUGAUCCGGGUGCAUUCGAGACUCCAGUUCACGAAUUUGUUUACGGCGCUUUUUACACUCAGUAUCAGAAUGAUCCAGAUCGGUCCAGUACGGAUCUGAGCAAAACACGCAUAUGGUUUUUUAUUUUCACGACUGCUUAUGACACGGUUCGAGCAAUCGGCAUCGGAGCUGCUCGUGCAAGCGGUGCCGUACAAACAAUCUACUUGAUGGUUAUCGAAGCAUCAUACUUCAUUGCGUUGUUACUUUUUAAGCCUUAUAUGAUAACCUUGAUGAACGCAUUGAACAUAUUGAUAUCUUUUCUGAGGAUUGCGGUUGUGGUCCUGUUGUAUCCAGGCUUGAGCAAAUGCACAAAUAGUAUUUUUAAACUUGUUGCGCUCGGAUUAGAAGGCAUUAUUUCUAUAUUGUUGUUUGCCGUGAUCCUCAUAAAAGUGACUGACUAUGUUGGAAAAAAUUAUUGCUGCAAGUCUAAAGAUACGGCGGAAAUCGAGAACGACCGAUUUUAA